AUGUAUAUUCCAAAAGGCGCAAUCAUCACAUACAACACAUGGCGGUAUCCCGAUGUAUCUCGAUUUAUACCUGAGAGGUUCAUCGACGUUAAUGGUGCAUUGACAGAUGAUGACCCUGCACAGUGCGUUUUCGGCCUUGGCCGGCGGCAGUCUACAGGCGAUGCCUCUACGUGGUUUGCCAUUGUGGCCAUGUUGGCCACAUUGGAUACUUCUCCUGCCAAAGAUGAUCAAGGCAAAGUGAUCAGCUUCACUCCCACGUUUAUCGCGGGAGUGGUUCGGUACUUGAAGCUUACUCGUGUCAUUCUAUCCUCUCGUCACUAA